CUGAAAAACUUUAUGCAUUGGACGCAGUUGUGGACGACGUCACUGGGUAUGAGAGGACCAAGUACGAUCCGCCCCUCAAAGACGUCGAACUGAAGAAGACAGCGAUAGUGAGAAUCCGUAUAGAGGAUGCUAGCUGUAAGCAGCGGACUGGCGGACCUAACGGUGGCGAACCCCCGGCGACCAUACAGGAAGCAGGCCAGCCUGAAGGGGUAUGGACAGGUGUGGUCCCUUGCUGGACGCAGUAUGGGAAGCCCGUAGGACACGGGAAUCAUGCAGACGUACUCGAGAAAGCGAUGAAAGGUUUGAGUGAACAAGGGGAGAAAUAUGCACUCGACGUGGCCAUGGCAAAGACAAAGGUAGAGGGUAGUUGA